AUGGCACUGUCGAGAGAAGAAGCAAUCGCUCACUCCAUCCAACAUAGCCUCCUCGAACGGAACGAGAAGCCCGGUCUCCUAGGUAAAAUACCAGCUGCCUUCAACACGACCACAUUGACCUUUGAUUGCAUCUCUCCUGACCUGUUCAGGUCGCUCAGACAGGUAUGGCAAGUUUCGGAGAAGUCGUACGCGGGGAGCUUCACUGCAGACGACAGCCUGGUGGCAAUGGGCGACAUUGGCUUCAGCGGCUCCACUUUCUUCCACACAAAGGACGGCAAGUAUCUGGUGAAAAGUGUGCCGCGCCAGUUUGAGCACAGCUUUUUCAAGGACGAUUUGCUAGAGAAGUAUGUAGAUUAUAUGUUCAAUAAUGCGACCAGCCUUCUGAUCAGGAUCACCGACUUUCUCGAACAUUCACAGCAUAGUCUUGGCAGUGUCAUAGGCACGGCGCCGAGUCAUCAUCUUGUUAUGGAAAACAUCAUGUUUGGGAAGGAGGAGGGCGAGAAGAGUGGGAAAUGGAAGAAUUGGGAUCUGAAGCCUAUGUCGUACUUCUUCCCCGAACGAGAUAUAGCUGGUGGAGCGUUGACCAAUGAUGAGACGAAGGAGAAGCUCGCUGAUGAGUUCAAGGACAAGCUGGUCCUCACUCUCGACCAAGCAGAGGACUUCAAGGCUCAAUUGGCCAAGGACACGAAAUUGUUGAGUGAUUGCGAUGCUGUAGACUACUCCCUGUUCCUCGUCCGCAUCCCGCUGGUCUCCAUUAAGGCCAAUGCUUCAUCCGACGGCAAUGGAACCGAUGGCAACCUCACUAUACAACAGCCAGACGGCCUAUCGCCACCACAUGCCGGUCCCUUCAUACCACCAUCGCCACCCAGCUGGCGCACCGGCAUCCCCUCUUCAGACGGAAAAUAUGCAUAUCGUGCUGCGAUCCUCGACUUCUUCUGGUCCAAGCAUAAAGUGUACGCUAAGGCGAUGACGGGAUUGAUUUCCGCAUACAAUGUCGUUGACAAGCAGGGGCACAUGAGUAUCACUACUACGGCACCUGAGUAUCGAGAGCGGUUUCUCAAGAUGUGCUGGGAUAUGAUUGAAGUGAGGGAGGGGUAA